GUGCUGAUGGGCAGCAGUUGUGGGUGCCCUUGCUGGAAAAGGCCUAUGCCAAGGCGCACGGCUCCUACCAAGCCAUCAGUGGUGGAGAGAUUGCUGAGGCUCUGUUGGACCUCACUGGCUGUCCCACCGAAAGCAUCGAUUUCGAUGAGUCGGGGUCCCCGUUUUAA